GACGACUAUUGCUGAGCAUGCUGUAGUAGGUGAUACCACUGUACAGGUUUUUACAAGAGCUCAUUAAACAGCAUCAAAUGCUUGGAUUUUAGUCUACUUUUUCACGUGGUUUUACAAGAGCAAUAAACAGCAUCCCAUGCUUGGGUUUUAGUCUACUUUUUCAUGUGUGUCAGUUGCGCAGCUGUUUAUGGAGGAACAGAAAUCUCUCGGAUUUCUAAAAUAUCUUCAUGCAUCACAUCUGAGAGAGUUGGUCAUUGUCGAGCAUGCUGAACUGUUAGAUGACUAUCCACUGGUGUGCUACUUGAUUGGGGCUGUCCAGAUGCUGACUUUGAAGAGAUACAUUCACAUAGCAGCAAAAUAUAUGUGAAGUUACUUGUUCCUGCUUGCAGAGGCUUGAGUAGGAUGUGACUUUCAAAGGCUGUACACUACAAGAUAGUUUUGAGAAUUGAUAAAUAGAGCAAUGGCUCGACCAGUGAAACUUAGAGUAAUUUUAGCUGAUGAUGAUGCCAGGAAGUUGAUCCUGCCUGAAGGGCUUCCUAGUUCUACUGAGGACCUUGCACAAAAAAUCACUGAAAUGUUCCAGCUUGAUGGGGAUAUCCGCUUGCAAUAUCAAGACGACGAUUUUGGUGGCGAGUUUGUGAAUUUAACAACAAUAACUGAUGUUCAAGAUAAAGGAACCUUAAAGGUCAUCUUCAAGACUACAGGACAAAACCAGACUGCAGCAUCAACUCCUGCUUGCUUAAUGCUGUGCCAGGCAGAUGACUCUGCAUCUGUCUCUUCGUUUGAAACUGACGACACGGUUCUUCUUUCUUCUCCUGAUGGGUCAGUGCAAUCCACAUCAAGAUCUGCUCCAUGGCCACUUGUAUUCCCAAUUCCAUGCUUCUCCUAUGACUCUGAAAUAAUUCUACAGCAAGCUAAUGCUGAAUUCCAUGAAAACAGAACUCGUCUCAGUCCGUCUCCAAAGCUGAAGUCACACAUUCUAGAAGUCCUAGCUGAGGAAAUCAUAAAAUACAAAGCAUAUCCAACUGAUCUAGACCUUAACACAGUGGCAGAAGCAUUAAUUAAUAAACACCCUUGCUUACGAGAACAAGGCUCCUACAAUGGUUGCUAUGGGUGGAAAAUAAGUCUCAAAUAUAAGAUGGCAAACUUUCGUACUAAGCUCAGAAGUGUUGGGUGUUCAGAAGUAAGCAUAAACUCAAUGAAGAACAAACGCCAAGAUCAGUACCAUGCUGCUUCAAACAUCAAAAAGCCUAGAAGAGCCGAAGUAAAUUACUGCCCUCAACAUCCAAAGGGAGAAACGUCUGAAAGUUUAGAGAGGGAACGAGUCGAUCUUUUGGCUGCGAUUAAGAAGAGAAACAAUGACAAAGUAGUCAAAGAGAAGAUGGAGCGAACCUUUUCUUACAGAAGACAGGAAGUGGUCCAGGAGAAGCCGAUGAUAGCGGAGUUCAAAAGUCGAUGGCCAGCUCUUUUUAAUGUGGAUGAAAUAAAUACUGAGUUCAUGCGCAUCACCACUGUCCCAUUGGAGUUUAAGUUUCUUGCUAUGCUUGACCAGUAUGCGGACAGCUUGAUGAAGUUGUUUCAGAGUAAGGGUGGAGUCACUGGCAGAACAAUAAAAAACAUCAUGCAACCCAUUUCACAGGAUUGCGACUGGGUGAAUGCCAAAGAAGCCAUAGAGCAGAUGGUAAUGGGGAUCUACAUCGUCCGAUCCGAAGGACACCAACCAGGGGAUAAGCCUGUGGACGUUGGUAUCGUGAUUGAAGGGACUGAGGUUCUCUGCUCUUUGAAGAACGUAGCUGUAGCAGUGGCCAUGCUGUUUGGACUUACUUAUGCCUUGAACCUCAGCUACCCACGAGAACUCAAAGCUACAUUUGAGGUCAUCCAGAAAGUGUUCUUUAACUUGGAUGGACAAAAACUUUCACCGAAGGUACAAGCCCUCAAGAACAAGAUGCUGGAGUAA